UCCAAACAAAGUAUGAGCCAAAUUGAUGACUGUCUUCUACACGUUGAUGAGAGGAUCAUCAAAAGGGCGUGAUUCAAUGGAGUCUCCAUUUAAGGCUAAUGUUUUGGAAGGGAAGGUGGCCUUGUUGACAGGGGGUGGUUCAGGAAUAGGGUUUGAGAUCAGUACUCAGUUUGGGCUCCAUGGCGCCUCCAUCGCCAUCAUGGGUCGCCGCAAGCAAGUCCUCGACGAUGCUGUUCAAGCCCUCCGCUCCCAAGGCAUCAGGGCCAUUGGUUUUGAGGGAGAUGUCCGUAGGAGGGAGGAUGCAGCUAGAGUUAUGGAAUCCACUGUAAAACACUUUGGGAGACUUGAUAUUCUUGUGAAUGCUGCUGCUGGUAACUUUCUUGUCUCAGCAGAGGAUUUAUCCCCUAACGGCUUCAGAACAGUUAUGGACAUUGAUUCUGUUGGGACAUUCACAAUGUGCCAUGAAGCACUGAAGUAUUUGAAGAAGGGGGACAGGGGGAAAGGUCCGGCAAGAGGUGGCCUCAUUUUGAAUAUUAGUGCUACUUUACACUACACAGCAUCAUGGUAUCAGAUUCAUGUAUCUGCUGCCAAGGCAGCUGUUGAUAGCAUUACAAGGUCUUUGGCACUUGAGUGGGGGACUGAUCAUGACAUCAGAGUAAAUGGAAUUGCACCUGGGCCAAUUGAAGACACCCCUGGCACAAGAAAACUUGUGCCAGAUGAGAUGCCAAGUAAAAGUAGAGAAUAUAUGCCUCUAUAUAAGUUGGGAAAGAAAUGGGAUAUUGCCAUGGCUGCCCUCUACUUGGCAUCAGAAGCAGCUGUGUUAUAAAAUGGAUCCCUGUUGAUACUCUAUUUCUUUCCAAGAAUGGCCAAAGGAGAAGUCUACGUUGUGAUGAAGGUAUCAUAACAGCCUGUCGUUUGUAAUUUGAGAAAGCCAUUGCAUCUAUUAUCAAUUCCAAAAGUGUGUUUCCUAGCUUAAGAAGUAAAUAAAAUAAGGCAUUGAGAUUUUACUGUAUAAUAAUGACAAUUUCCAAUUACAGAAUCAUGAAGAAGAUAAAAUGACCUUUAGAAAAAGGUAUAUAAUCUCAAAGUCUGUUUUUGGAACAUGAAUCCAGGCAUACAUGACCAAUUGACCAUACAAUACGACUUCAAAAUAUCAUCGUGAUCAUCAUCAUUAGAGUCUUUUUUCAAUUAUUUGGGCUCGGCUACACGAAUCCUGGUUCGCUAUUAUACUUUAUCGAGGGCCCGUAGAUUCAGGAUUCAUGGAAAGUUUUGACAAAGUUUUACGCAAGUUGAUUACCUAACACAACCCCCAUCAUUUUGUUUUGGGGGAUGGGUUAGUUGGGAGAGGGCCCCAAUCCUUGGUUGGAAUUGAGCUUAGGACGUAGCGUUGCAAAUGGUCAAGCACUAACCAAUUAAGUACGAGCUCUUUUCCUACAACCCACCUCCUUUACCUGGGCUUGGAACCAGUUAAGGGAAAUUUAAUAUCAUCACCCUUCUUAGACCAGAAGCCAUUCUCAACCAUAAAUCUCUUAAAUUAAGGGCUCAUAAUACGCCUCCCAAAGCGAUUCAUAUACACACUUCUAAAUCCUAAUAGCAAAUAUAUAAAUAAGGAUGAAGAAAUAUUUACAAUGAAUACAUUAAUAUCCCAUUGUGUGGCAAGGAUAGUUAUGGAUCAUGGUACUUAGGGAGGAGAGGACUGUGACUAUGUGAUGUACGUAAAUGAACUUACAGUUUGUUAUAUUAUCUUUAUUUUCCUUGAAUGUAAAACUAAGAAACCGAUUCUCAAGAAAAAGAACAUUUCCUUGCUUUUGUACAAGUAUCUUGCAACCUGCCAAUAAAAUAUACGAAGCUAAAGCAGAGGCCCGGUUAACUUUUA